CCCGGUGAGAGUAGCACUGUGGUGAACGUAAACAACAGCCUCUAUUGGCGUGAAGGGUAAUGAUGGCGAACGAAAGGAAGUUGUAUGAUAUUUUAAAAGAUGUCUAAAUUAUAUCGACAACCCGUAGACUAUGUGUUGUAUAUUAGUUGUCUAACAGUGGUCUACUAUAUAAUAUAUGGAAUAAUGAGGUUGACCCCAGAGGAUUGGAAUGAGAGGAAAUCAAAUCUGAAGAUUAUAAACUGGAUGGAAAACAAAGAGAUGUGGAGAAUUCAUGAAAAAUAUAAUAAUCCUGCUAUAUCGUCAGAUAUUACCAUAGUAACGGCCUACUUUGAUAUCGGUACCUUUCAAAAAGGCAUGCUUCGAACAUUUACGUCAACUAAAUACAAAAGGUGGAUGGAAAGCAUCAAAAGAAUUGAAAAUCCGCUAAUAGCGUUCACAGAUUCACAAGAAAUUGUUGAAAAAGUGAAAGAACUCCGACAAGGUGUUUGUGAAAAUGAAACACAGAUCUAUCUGGUGUCCAGGAAUGAUUUAUGGGCCUUUAGAAUAGCCCCGGAAAUUAAAGACGUUAUGUCGCAAGAAAAUUAUCCAAAACAUUAUCCAAAUACAGUCAAUGAGAAUUACAGUUCAUGUAUGCAUGUUAAAUUUGAACUAAUCGCCAAAGUUAUUGUGGAGAAUUUAACUGAUACCAAAUUCAUAAGUUGGAUGGAUAUUGGAUUAUAUCGUUUUGUGGCAUGGGAAAAGAAUAAAUUUAAGUUAACUUUACCUCCUGAUUUUGAUUCAACAAAGAUUGCCUAUAAUGAAAUCAAAGCCCAUUAUUCUUCGUCUACUAUUGAGGAUAUUAUAACGGAUAAUUUAGUGUGGGUUGGAGGGGGGCUGUUUGUUGGUAAAACGGAUCUUAUGUACGUCCAUUGUAUAGAUUAUAUGAAGAGCGUCACAAAAAUGUUAGAGUUAAAAUGGAUUAGUACAGAUCAACAAGUUCUCUAUAGUAUGUAUUUACCAAACUUUCCUCUCAGACCUCGUGUGGAGAUUCAGGUUUAUACGACCCACUCAAUGGAUGACUGGUAUCACCUGGCAAACGUCCUCAAAGAUACCCACGAGAUCAAAACACGACAAGUCAAAACACUAUCUUUUUAUUUUUUACAGUAUUUAUAGAAAUAUAGUCAUUCAAAGUCUUCGUGUGGCAACAGGUGGAACUUAACCCAUUAGCAUUUAAUACAACUUUCAGGCACAUGAAUAUAUGCAUAUUCCUGAGGCAAUGGCUCGAGAAAUCCCUCUCUGGCCAUUGCUGGAUUGGCUUCUGAUACCUGAGCUUUUGAGAGAGUGUGUCUAUGCUUUGCGUUCAAUCAAAUCUAUCCCAAGUACAGCAACAUGACAGCCCUUUGUUUAAUCUGGGGUCUUCCCUUAAACUUUGGACAGUGAUUUUAGGCAUUAAAAACGGUGAAAGUCUUGUUCAUCUCCAUACACUAUUGUUUUGCAUUGUUUACGUGUUGAUAGCCUCGUUUGUCACGCAAUUAGUUUUUCUGCAAUAUUCUGCUGUGCACUGGAUAAUUUGGCAUAAUAAAAUCGUGAGUCAUGACGUAACGUAAUGUAAACAUAUUUGGUCCAAUUUGGAGCUUUGUUUAAAAUGUAGCGAUAUUGUUACGCAGUUAGCUAUUGGUUGUUAAUCGGUUGUUGAUUUGGAACAGAAAUUUGCUUCCAAAAAAGCAGUGUUUAGUGGGAUUAGCUCUAAUCAAACGAAACACUGCGAGGAGUAUGGAGUUUCCCCAAGAACUAGUAUACAGUUCUACAAUAACUCGAACCGUCUAAGGUGCAGUAGUUUUGGGCUGUCCAGGAAUAUACCAAUAUGAUCUAUCGUUUUUAUACGCCCACAUUUUCAUGUGGACGUAUAUUGUAGUUGCCCCUGUCCGUCCAUUGUCUGUUCACAUUUGUUUGUGGACACUCUACAGGUCACAAUUUUUAUCCGAUUGUGAUGGAACUUAAAACAUAGGUUUAUCUCCCACAGAUCUCGGUUUCUUUCGAUAUUGGCAUGUAUUGGACUAUAACUUCAUGGAUUAUGGUCCCUGAUUGUACGAAAAAUCUCAUUUUUAGCUUGUGGACCCUAUAGAGGUCACAUUUUUUAUCCGAUUUUUUUGAAACUUGAAAUGGAAGUUUAUAACCUAAAUUUCUUGUUUCCUUUUGAUAUUCGCGCAUAUCGAACCGUAACUUCCUGAAUUAUGGCCCCUGAUUGUACGAAAAAUCACGUUUUUAGCUUGUGGACCCUAUAGCGGUCAUAAUUUUUAUCCGAUUUUUUUGAAACUUGAAAUGGAAGUUUAUAACCCAAAGAUCUUGUUUCCUUUUGAUAUUCGCGCAUAUCGAACCUAACUUCCUGAAUUAUGGCCCCUGAUUGUACGAAAAAUCACGUUUUUAGCUUGUGGACCCUAUAGCGGUCAUAAUUUUUAUCCGAUGUGAA